CUAAACCCUCUCCCCCCCCCCAAAGGUCUCAUGGGGUUGUUUGAGAAACGGCGCUUCAAGAACUUCCUCCAGUUCAUUUCCAACUUCGACGAGAGCAACCCCAAAACCAUGGAGGGCGUCGACCCCCAGCAGUCCACCAUGAGGGACAUUUUCAAGAAGUUCAACCUGGGCCAGGACGUCAUCGACUUCACCGGCCACUCCCUCGCCCUCUACCGCACAGACGAAUACCUGGAUCAACCCUGCAUCGAAACCAUCAACCGGAUCAAGCUUUACAGUGAGUCCCUGGCCAGGUACGGCAAGAGCCCCUACCUCUACCCCCUGUACGGCCUGGGGGAACUGCCCCAAGGCUUUGCCAGACUGAGUGCCAUCUACGGGGGGACGUAUAUGUUGAACAAGCCCAUAGACGAGAUCGUGGUGGAGAACGGGAAGGUGGUGGGGGUCAAGUCUGAGGGAGAGAUCGCCAGGUGCAAGCAGCUGAUCUGCGACCCCAGCUACGCCAUGGACCGCGUCACCAAAGCGGGUCAGGUGAUCCGGGUCAUCUGCAUCCUUAGUCACCCGAUAGGCAACACGGGCGACGUCAACUCGUGCCAGAUCAUCAUCCCCCAGAAUCAGGUCAACAGGAAACACGGUGAGCGCACACAGGAUGUAGGCGGAUGGAUUUGGCUGUUCAGUACAAAGAUUUGA